GGCUAGCCAACAUUAGCUGCAGAGCCGAGUGCUACAUGCAGCUGUGCAUUUGAUAUUAGACACCUUGCUAGUUGUUAUUUAUUUUCCCGGUAUACUAUUUAGAGCAAGUCGACCUUUAUGUGAGUUAUAGCAUCUUCUAAGUAGCGCAAUAAAUGUUGUGAACUUAAACGACCGCGCGCCCGAAGGUUGCUAAUCUUAUGCCUAACGUAGUUCCUGGUGCUACGCUGGGGGUCAUUCGCUAGUCUGCCGGCUUAUAGACAGGGAAAUGAAAUGCAUGAGUCGUACCGAGGGUCCCCCCAGCAGCUGCUGCUUGUCAUUCUGCUGAAGCCUCUAGUUAAGCAGGUGUGAAUGACAGACGUGGUGCCCUCUGUGCUCAGUGAGAUCAAGCUCCGCCUGCUUUGCCGCGAUGACAUAGACAGCAUCAAGCUGCUGUGUGGUGAUUGGUUCCCCAUCGAGUACCCGGACUCAUGGUAUCACGACAUCACCUCAAACAAGAAAUUCUUCUCCCUGGCUGCCACCUUCAGAGGUAGCAUCGUAGGAAUGAUUGUGGCCGAAAUAAAAGGCAGAACGAAAGUGCACAAAGAGGAUGGAGACAUCCUGGCCUCUAGCUUUCCUGUCGACACUCAGGUCGCAUACAUCUUAAGUCUGGGAGUGGUGAAGGAAUUCCGUAAACAUGGAAUAGGCUCUCUUUUGCUGGACAGUUUGAAGGAGCACAUCUCCACUACGGCUCAGGACCACUGCAAGGCCAUCUACCUGCAUGUGCUGACCACGAACAACACCGCCAUCCACUUUUAUGAGAACAGAUAUUUCAAGCAGCAUCACUACCUGCCCUAUUACUAUUCCAUACGUGGGGUUCUUAAAGACGGCUUUACUUAUGUUCUCUACAUUAAUGGUGGACAUCCUCCCUGGACCAUGUUUGACUAUAUCCAACAUAUUGGCUCCACUCUGGCCAACCUGAGCCCGUGUACCAUUCCUCAGAGGAUUUACCGGCAGGCUCAUAACCUCCUGCGCAGUUUCCUGCCCUGGUCAGGGAUCUCGUCGAAGAGCGGCAUAGAAUACAGCAGGACCAUGUGACCAGGGAGCGGCCAGAGCGGGCGGGCACGUGCUGACCUCGGAAUGGAGUAUUAUUUUUCUUCCUUUUGGAGCCAUCAUUAUUGGCCAUCUGGACCCGUUGGGGGAGUCUCUUGAUGAAAGAAGUCCUGAAUGCACUCUUGCCUCCUCCCUGCUCAAAGACACAGACAAUGUAAUAUACCUGUACAUUAUAUAUACUAAUAUAUGAGCAGAUUUUUUUUUCACUUGCCAUCUGCUUGCAUAGUGCAGAUUUUUUUUCUCUCUCCUUCAGUCAGUAAUGUGCUGCUAUGCAGAGCACCUCUGUAUGCCAUGUCCACGUUUUUAAUGUAGCAUUAGGGCCAUAGACGUACCCAUUUGUUUUUAAAGGAAAAAGUAUCAUAUUUACAGUAGUGAGCGCAUUCCUCAAGGCGCACACACACAUAGCCACCCGUCUGACACGACUGUCAACAGAACCGGAGUAGAGGAAGGCAUCGCUGACGUUCUGCCGACCUUUCCUGUGACAUUUCAUUUCACUGGGUUUCUCCAAAUUCUCUCCAGUCAGCAGCUCAUCGAGAGUGAUGCAUUUGGGACUGGCGAAUGUGUUCGAUACGAAACAAUUUGUCUGUAUGCAAUAUCCUGCAGUUUUUAUUUUGAGAUCACGUUGUGCAGUUAUUUGCAUUUCGUGAUAAUUAUCGCCCUUGUAUAAGGAGAUGCAUGCCAACCUAACAGUACAAGAGUGAAAUGUAAUGCAAUGUCAAACCAGGGAUGUUUAUCUAAGAUACAUGUAUGACUCUCUUAAGGAUACUCCACUGGGAGAUAAUUUAAGGUGUCUUCACUUUGACCGUCUGACAUAGUUUAAUGUAGUUAUGUCACUGCAGACAUAAUGACUUUCAGUGUCUUUAAGAAGAAGAGACCUUGGUUUUAUCCAGCAUUUAUUAUUAAAGUUAACAUUUUAAAAAGAACAUGUUCUUCAAAUACCUUUUAGAAGUUUAUAUUGUCUUGCAUCUGAAAAGUAUAUGGGCAAUGGUUGACAACAUGAUUCAUGUGAACCCAGUGAAAUCUAGCCUGCCUUUCACAGUUAUUUUAGAAUUUGUGGUCACUUUAGUAAGGGUUAAAAGCAUUGGAUGUGUUUGUUUUUCCUUUCUGUGACCCUGUAAUGGGUACCGGGUUGGGAGGUAGAAAAAUGGGUGUUUGAUUCCCCUCCCCGUUAUUAAUUGGUUACAUUUCAGAUGCACUGCAUUGGGUAUGUGUCAUUGUCAUUACACCGUUUGUUUUUAAUGUUGUACAGUAUCCCACGUGUUUUGAUGAUAAUAGAGUUCUGUUGAACACCCUAACCAUUGACUGAUAAAUAUUUUUUGGGUGGGCAA